AUGUUGAAAUUACUACAAGUCUUAAAUGAACAUUCAGAAUCCAUAUACACUCUAUAUUUCAUGAAAAAAUCAAAUGAAUUGAUAUCUGGAGAUGGUGAUGGAUCUAUUAUAAUUUGGUCAAGCAAUAAUAAUUAAUGGAAUUGCUCAUAAACUAUUAAAGCACAUAAUAAAGCUAUUCGAUGUUUGAUUAUGAAUAAUAAUAAAGAUAUUUUUAUAUCUUGUAGUAGUGAUAAUACUAUUAAAUUUUGGGAUAAAUAAAAGGAAUGGAUCUGUUAAUAAACUAUCACCGAUUAUACUAGUCCUGUUUAUUAAUUAAGUUUAAAUGAUUAAUAAAAUAAAGUUAUUUCUUGUGGAAUGGAUGAAAAAAUAUUGAUAAUUGAAUACUCUGAAUACAACAAAAAGUGA